UCUUUAUGUGGAGUUAUUAUGCAAGGAAACUUGGAAAAGAAAACCUAAUGUCUUUGGUAUUUAACUUUUCAAGAAAGCUUGGUCCUAAACCAUCUUAACCAGAAGCUAAAAAUCAGCUCUAAUUUUUCUGAACAUCUGUAAUCAAGGGAGGUGACUAUUUAGCUCAUGGUGAAGAUCAGUUCUCCUUGAAGUUGGGAAUCCUUUUGGAAGUUGGGAAGGGAAACCUGCAACAGCUUCACUGGGCAACAACACGUUUUAAAAAAUCAUGUUGGCAAAGAAGGAAUUUUUCAUGGACAGUCCUUGACUGCUUCCUAAAGUCCAGCCAUGUGAAGACAAACAUCAUUUAUGAAUAGCAUGCAAUAUUUUGACAGAUUCAGUGCAUUUGCCUUGGUCACCAACCCUAACGAAUGAGACCUACACCACUCGGAACGAAGAGCAAAGUUGCCCUAUGGAAGAAAUAUAUGAAGAUUACAACUUGACGACUAACACUUACGAAUACUAUGAUGAUGAUGAAUACCCAGACAAUGAGGACGACCAGAAGGUUGAGGAGCACCGAAUCCUUCCAUUUAUAAUGACAUUAGUAAUUGUUCUCGGUAUUGCCUUCUCGCUAAUUGCAACACUGUUCAUCUGUCAUUUUGUUAAGAAGAAGCAAGUAUUGCCCAAAGUUUUGGUUCAUCGCAUUAUGGGUGAAAGGGGUAAAGCAUACAUGGAUGUAAACAUGGAAUCUGAUGAAAGCAACUUAAGUGAGGUGAAAGGAUUGGAGAAGGCGCCUAUUGUUCGUGAAGUUGACCAAUGUGAUGAGACACAAGAGGAAAUGACCAAAUCUUCAGACAUCUUUGAUGUUGACCGAGUUAAUACCGAAGUGAAUGAUGGUGAACCAGUAAAUACUGACUUGGAUGAUCCAUAUGCAGCUAAAAUUGAUAUCAAUGGCAUAGACCAAAGAUGUCCUAGUCAGGACAACAUUGAAGUAGAAGACAGCAUUCUGGAGAAAACAUAUGAUUCGUGUAAGACUAAUUCUGAGCCGGUGACACAAAUCUGUGCAGAUAAUUGGGGUUAUGACAAACCUCAAGUACUGUUUGCACUUUAAAUAAUUGCACAGAUUCACCAAACUAUCCUCCAUUGUGAUGGAAUAAAGCACUGGUGUAUUGCCACUUUAUAAUACUAAACAUUUUUCUUGUGAACAUGGUGGACAUCAGUUUUCUUGCAAAGCAAAUGUGAGAUUGGUCCACAACAGUUGCAGUCUAAUUGUUUAAAAUUAUCUAUGACAAAUAUUUUAAACAAUGCUAUUCUGAGUCAGUGAUGACCGAGACCUUGGGUUGGGGGUACAAUUCAAAAAUUGCUGAGGAUACAAGACUUGGAAACAUUCUUCAACCAUGAAGAGAACAGUGUAAAAUGUCAAAAGAACAUUGCGAACUUGAAAGUGUGUGCAAAUAUUUCAAUAUUGAAAAAUAUGAGGCGAUGCAUUUGGUAGGAAGAACAUGGAGAGAUAAUAUAAAACAAAGGGUCAAAUUCCUAAAGGAGGUGCAGGAGCAGAAUUGCAUGUAUAUUUGCAAAAUUAAUGGUGACAGUUCAGGGCAAUAAAUGUACCGUAUCGUAAGGUUUGUUAAUAGGUGCAUAUAAUACAAGAGCAAACAGAUAAUUUUGAACUUUUGUUUAUUCAUUUCUGUGACUUGGGCAUCGUUGACUGGUCAGCUUUGAUAGUCCAUCCCUACUUGCCCUUCAGAAGGUGAUAGUGAACUGCCUCCUUUAAUCGCUGAUUCAACUGAGUGACUUGUUAGGCUAUUUCAGAGGGCAGUUGAGAGUCAACCACAUUGCUGUGGCUCUGGUGUCACACGUAGGCCAGACCAGGUAAGGAUGGCAGAUUUCCUUCCCUAAAUGACAUUAGUGAACCAGAUGGGUUUUUCCGACAAUUGACAAUGGUUUCAUGGUCAUCAAUCGACUCUUAAUUCCAGAUUUGUUUUUGUGUAAGAUAUUAAUUUAGCCUAGAGUAUUAUAUCUAGUUCUGAGUGCCAAAUUUCUGGAGGAAUAUGAAGGCAUUGGAGAGGAAUACUUUCAGGGAUGAGGGACCUCAGUUAUGAAUUCAAAUUGAAGAGGUUGAGACUGUGUUCCCUGGAAGGAGAAGGCUGAGGGGAGAUCCGACAACUGAGAGGACAUCUGGUGAUGGUGUUCAAAAUCGAGGGGUCUAGGAAGUAGAUGGGGAUCGCCCCACUCAAAGGGAUCAAGAACAAAAGGGGACGGUGUUAAAAUAAUUGGCUCAGGAACCAGAGGUGAUAUUGGGAAGAAGAGCUUUUUCACUCAGUUGAAUGGUAAGGAUCUAGAAUGGCCUUUUCUGAGAGUACAAUACAGAUCGGUUCAAUCAAUGCAUUCAAAAGGGAAUUAGAAUAUUAUUAAAAAAACAAGCGCUUGCUUAUUGGGAGAGGUCUGAAGAAGGCAUUAAAUGAAACUCUCAUUCUGAGAGCUGCAGUAGACACUAGCAGAACACCUUCCUUUGGCACUGUAAUAAUUCUGGUAUGCAACAAUGAUAACUGAAACAGUCAGAAUGACAUUUGUAUAUUAAAGACUGCUCAUUCACAGAAGGCCAAAAUAAUUGAAUGCUCGGUUAUGUGAUUGUGAAAUACAAUUUUACAAGGAAUGUUUUUGAGUUAACAAUGCUGUACAGUUAACAAUGCUGCACUUGGCUUGGUGGUCAUGAUCUUACUUCAGAGUCAGAGUUUGUACUCGACUCUCCUUUAAAAAUCUAAACUGAAUAUAGUACUGAAGGAUCAUUGUACUAUUAGAGGCAGGUUUUAGAUGAGCCAUUGGAAUGUAAGUUUGUCUUGGAAUAUUAGCAAACAAUGGAUGAUAGCCAAUUAGCAACCUGUUCUGGUCAGUUUAAUAAAAUAAAAUUUCAAAA